AUGCGAACCGUUAUAUCUACCGACUAUGUGGUCACAGACCGAGCGGGUGUCAUUGAAAACCGACACGCCGUGCACGCCGCCAUCGUCGACGCCAACGGCCACCUCUUAUACAGUGUUGGUGACCCAUCGCGGGUGACGCUAGCUCGAUCUGCGGCCAAGCCUGCACAAGCUUUGGCUAUUGUCCAAACAGGAGCACUAGAGAAAUUUAAUCUCGACGAGGCAGACCUCGCUUUGAUCUGUGCAUCUCACAGCAGUGAAGAGCGACACAUUUCGCGAGCGCGGAACAUUCUCGAUAAAAUUGGCGCUCAAGAUGAAGAUCUUCGGUGUGGAGGACAUGUUCCUAUCUCUAAGGAAGUGAACCGCACUUGGAUCAAAACGGAUUUCACCCCGACUGCGAUCUGCAGUAACUGUUCCGGCAAACAUGCGGGCAUGAUUGCUGGCACGAAGGCUCUUGGCGCUGAUGUGCAGACGUAUCAUUUGCCCACAAAUUUGAUGCAAGUCAAAGUCAAAGAGGCCGUGGAUCAAGUUUGCGGUCUCACUGAGGGUGAAUCAAAGUGGGGACUUGACGGGUGCAAUCUUCCUGCGCCUGCGUUUCCUCUGCAUCGGUUGGCUCGCAUGUACGCUGUCUUUGCUGCCGGCGCAAGCGAGGACAAUGGCAAUUCCACAGACUCAAUGACGCGAUCAUUGAGUCGAAUUUUCAAGGCCAUGUCUCGUCAUCCAGAGAUGGUCGCUGGUGACAAGCGAUUCUGUACCAUUCUGAUGACAGCGUUUGAAGGGAUUCUCAUUGGCAAGCUCGGCGCUGAUGGCUGUUAUGGUAUUGGUGUCAAAGCAUCAGAGCAGACCAAGAAGCUUGGAUCGAAUGGCGCCCUUGGUAUCGCUGUGAAGAUUGAGGAUGGAAAUAUCGACAUUCUGUAUUCGGCGGUGGUAGACAUCGUGGAACAGCUUCAGAUCGGAGAGCCGCGAAUGAGACAGACUCUAGCUCAUUUCCGUACUUGGGAGAUCAAGAAUACUGUGGGCGUUGUCACUGGACACGUUGUGCCUCGGUUCAAGCUGCGGCCUUUGUCAUGA